UUUAUUGUUGUCAUACCCGGAAGAAUGACUUGUUUGUUUUUGUUGCUAACGUUUCAGGUGACCCUCAGUUAUCCGUGUGCUGUUUUAAUGCAAAGAGGACUUGAACGUUUUCUGCACAACAAUGGCCUCCUACUUUGAUGAACACGACUGUGAGCCCACCAACCCUGAGGAGCAGUACCGUCAGAAUGCACUCCUCGAGCUGGCCAGGUCUUUAAUGCAGGGCUUGGACCUGAUUGACUCUGGAGCCUUUGACUUGUCUGACUGGGACCAGCGGCUUCCUCCUCCGGCUGCCAAAGCAGCUGUUCAGACCCUCACAUUGGUCGUCAUUUCUCCAGAGCAAGCAGACAAAGGUCUCAAGUGUCCCGUGUGUCUACUGGAGUUUGAGGAGCAAGAAACGGUUCGAGAAAUGCCCUGCAAACACCUUUUCCACUCAGGAUGUAUACUGCCCUGGUUGGGCAAGACCAACUCGUGUCCUCUCUGCCGACUUGAACUGCCGACUGACAAUCCAGAGUAUGAGGAGUUUAAAAAAGACAAGGAGAGAAGGAAGCAGGCAGAGCACCGACUAGAAGACCUUCAUGGAGCCAUGUAUACAUGACGGGACAGUUCUGUGCUAGAAGUUUGUAGUUAGGUACAAUUUUACAAAAUAAAAGAAAGCUUCAGGAUAUAUAUAAUGCUGCCAUUUUGCUAUUUUCUACACAAUGUCAUUUCAAGAAGGGGGGGGAAAAAACAUCCAAUAUCAGCUUCACAUUUGUAGUUUUGAUACUAGAAUUUAAACAAGUGACAUCUACAAAAUCUAUCAAUAUAUUUAUAAAAUCUAUCAAGAAAUUGGUGUACAUAAAACCCAGUAUUACACAUUCAUAAUGCAAUAUAUUUACGUAAUAUUUUGCAGCAGAUCUUUGUAUGAUAAGUAACCCUGUUGAACUUGUUUCCUCCUUUUUCCAUUCAUUGACACGGUGUGAACGCAGCAGAACGACUUGCUCAUUGUCACGUUUAAAUUGUUUUACGAUUGAGAAUGUUUUAGUUUUUUUCCAUUUGUAAGGUAACAUAAUGUGCUGAAACAUUUCAGUUCUGUGUAUUUCUCAGGAAAUGUUGAGUUGUUCUUGUCAUAAUAAUAUUUGUCCUCCAUUCCUGUAGUAUUACAAAUGUUCCCUUCAUAGAUUCUAGGUGCUUGUCAGAGAGUUGUUCAAAUCAGCAGACGAUGCGCUAUCCUUAUUUUUGUUCCAAAGCAUGGCUUUAACUCCAAACAUGCUGACUUGUACGCUUAUUAUCAUGCAGUUAUGUUUAGAUGUUAAUCUAGGCGUCCUAUAACUUUAAGGCCACAGCUUGAAGGAUUCUCUUGUAUAAAAAACAACUUCUCUAGAGGCCUUAGAAAACAUUUAACUCUUUCUCCUCAUGCUGAUUAAAUUGUGAAGUUGGAAUUUCCCCUCAACUCAUCCCGUGAUGUUUUGAUGUUUGAGGAAGACGUUUCUCUUCUCUGGCAGAAACGCAGGAACAGUUUGUGACUAAAUCAGUCUGCUCUGAAGUGGUUUGGAUUCUUGUAAAUGACAUUACAGCUCCUCAUGUUUGCUUCUGCUCCACGUUCUGUUCACACUCACAUUGGACCUGCAGCUGUGCUGACACGGCACAGACUGACCAGGAUUUUUAACCAGCCGUUUUCUUUGUAUUCAUGUUUACAGUGAGCCAUUAUUUGUCUUCUGAUCUGCUGAAAAUUGUUUCUAUAUCUGCUUGCUAAUAAAUAGAUCUUGUUUUUAUAUGAUCAACCACUCCUAGGCUGUUAGCCAAAGUUUCAGGCUGCUGGUGCUCAUAUUUCCUGACUCUGUAUACGAUGAUGUCAUUUGUUUUAUGCAGCAGCGGCCUGAUAAAUUUGUUUUACAAAUCAAAUGUAAUUUCUGGGCUUAAAUGACAAACCAUGCAAUACUUCUGCUAAUAAUUUAUCUUUUUUAUUUCAUAUUUGAAUAUAAAUCUCUGUCAAAUGAAAAUACCUAAAUGAUAGACAAAUCAUACAUAUUUACAGACUUUAUAAAAGGAAACAAAAUCA